AUGGACCAUUUUGAUCCAGGUCAAACUUCGAGGAAACCAUGGAUUGAAACUCCAUUGAUCGAGUCAGCGCCGUUUUCAAAGGCCGCCGGAUGGGGCAUUGGAAAUUUGAUCCUCGCAUCUCUUUCUGAUCCAAGCAACCAUGGCAAAACUCUGAACUUCUUCAGCUCCUCGGGGGGCAAUGCAGGUCUCGCAGCAGUCGUCGCUGCUAGAGACCUGGGUUGCUCUUGUACUGUUGUUGUGCCCCUGAGCACACGACCAAUGAUGAUUGAGAAGCUCCGCGCUGCAGGGGCAUCGGAUGUCAUCAUCCAAGGCGCCAGCUGGUUUGAGGCUGAUACGUAUUUGCGGGAAACCUUCAUCAACAAUGAACAACGCAAGUCGGAUUCCUCUGCCAGGAAUAUUUAUGUACCUCCAUUCGAUCAUCCUGAAAUCUGGCGCGGAGCGGGGAGCCUGGUUGACGAGAUGGCGAAACAGCUACCUCCGAGAGAAAACGGCUUCCCAGCAGAUGCCAUCGUUUGCAGUGUAGGUGGUGGUGGUCUUUUGAAUGGAAUUGUGGACGGGCUGGAGAGACAUCUACAGCAACCGACCUCCUUAUCCAGCGAAGAGACCAAAAAGGUUCGAAUUAUUGCCACCGAAACAGCUGGAGCUGAUUCUUUGGCGCACUCACUGCGCCAGGGCUCGUUACAAUCUCUUUCUGCCAUCACUUCGCAAGCAAACACCUUGGGAGCACUCUGUGUGGCACAACAAACGCUGAAAAACGCCCAAACCCCUCCGCCUGGCAUCGAAGUCACGAGUGUUGUAGGUACCGAUGCUGAUGCCGCAAAGGGAGUCGUGCGGCUUUGCGAUGACCUGCGGUUGGAGGUCGAGCUAGCUUGUGGAAUCAGUGUUCAAAUCGGGAUGGAUAGGCUGAAAGAGGUCAUUCCAGACCUGACACCGGAAAGCCGAGUCGUUAUCGUUGUUUGUGGAGGAAGUGGUGUCACUCCGGAAAUGAUCGUGGAUUACCGUAUGAAGCUCAAGAGUGGAUGGCAAUGA